UUGCUGGUGUGUCUCUUACAGGGGGUGAUUGCAGAUCUGAAAGUGACAGGUGAUCGCCAGGCAGCUGACCUCCAGUGUGAGGAGCAGGACGAGGAUAGCGAUGUGGCAUCUGGAGAUUUUGGAAGUGGAGUUGAAGAAAGGCCCCACCUAUCAGGAAGGGAACGGGGGACCCCGGCUGUGUCGCGGCUCCCGGAACCUCCCCCGGUCACUUCUCCCCCCACCGCUGGGGAGACAGUAGAGAAAAUAAGCGUGGACUCUCAGCUGCAAACUGAGCAAACCAAAGUGGAAGGACCACAGCAAAUUUCUACAGGAGCCACGGUUGGUUCAAAAGGUGAAAAAGGGGCCCCGGGAGAGAAAGGUGAACGUGGCCCAAAAGGGGACUCCGGAACCGGCGGGGUUCUAGCAGCCGGCGGCACCAAAGGCGACAAGGGAGAAAAAGGAGACCUGGGCGUUAAGGGAAGUGCAGGAUUUGGGUAUCCCGGCUCUAAGGGCCAGAAAGGGGAGCCAGGUGCCCAGGGAUCUCCCGGACCCGCUGGCCCGCCUGGGCCCCCUGGCUCUACAGUGCAGCGCCUGGACGGCUCUGUGGUGGAGCAGGUCACCGGGCCUCCAGGAUCAACAGGUCCCCCAGGGCCGCCCGGGGAAGAUGGCCUCCCUGGCAAGGACGGCGAGCCUGGUGAUCCUGGUGAAGAUGGGAAACCUGGUGACGUUGGGCCCCAGGGAUUCCCUGGAACUCCCGGAGAGCCUGGCCUCAAGGGGCAGAAGGGUGAGCCCGGAGUCGGCGCAAGAGGCCCCCCUGGACUGCCCGGACCGCCUGGGACACCAGGUCUCUCUUCCAAACAGGACAAGCUGACGUUCAUCGACAUGGAAGGCUCUGGGUUUGGAGGCGAUCUGGAAAGCUUCCGGGGCCCCCGAGGCCCACCAGGGCCCCCCGGGCCUCCUGGGGUGCCUGGCCUGCCAGGAGAGCCAGGAAGAUUUGGGAUGAAUAGCACUGAGCUGCCAGGACCCCCCGGCCUCCCCGGCCUGCCAGGCAGAGAUGGUGUCCCCGGAGCCCAAGGCCCACCAGGUCCUCCGGGUUCUCCAGGAAAAAGUGGGUUGGCCGGCCAGCCUGGGCUUCGAGGAGAACGGGGGGACCCAGGAGACCUAGGCCUCCCCGGAGCUCCUGGACCCAAGGGCGGUAAGGGCGAGAUGGGGCUGGCCGGAGCCCCAGGGGAAACCGGGCUGGCAGGCCUUCCUGGACCAAUGGGACCACGAGGACCACCAGGUCCCCCAGGCCCUGCUGGACCUCCUGGGCCAGGCUACGAGGCCGGAUUUGGAGACAUGGAAGGCUCGGGGAUGCCGUUCCUUUCUGCCGUUCCUGGAGAGCGUGGUCCCGAAGGGCCACAGGGGCCACCGGGACUCCCCGGACUCAAGGGGGACGCUGGCAGCCCUGGGCUGCCUGGCUUGCCAGGACAAAAGGGGGACCAUGGUGCUCCGGGUGUGGAUGGGCGCCCAGGGCUGGAAGGUUUCCCAGGACCUCAGGGACCCAAGGGUGACAAGGGCGGUCAGGGGGCUAAAGGUGAACGAGGCCAAGAUGGAGUGGGCUCCCCAGGUCCCCCCGGGCUCCCUGGACCCCCGGGGCAGGUCAUCUAUGAGUUGGGUGAAGAGAGAGCAUUAGCUAGUUUGCCAGGCCCUGAGGGCAGAGAAGGCCAUGCUGGCUUCCCGGGCCCAGUGGGACCUAAAGGAGACCCGGGAGACCCAGGUUUCCCAGGCACUCCAGGACCGAAGGGUGAGAAAGGAGAGCCUGGAGCGAUCAUCGGCCCAGAUGGGACGGGCAUCUCAGCUGGCACGAAAGGAGACAAGGGUGAGCAGGGGCUGGUGGGACCCAUGGGCCCAGCAGGCCCGCAUGGGCGACCUGGACAGAAGGGGGAAAUCGGCUUUCCUGGCAGACCGGGUCGUCCCAGCAUGAAUGGGCUGAAGGGCGAGAAAGGGGACCCCGGAGGGCUUGGCUUGCAGGUGAGUGCCCCUGAGGACAAUGGCAUGCCGGAGGUGCUGCAGCCGGCUUUGGCAAUGGCCUGCCGCGUUGCCCUGGCGCUGUGCAGAGGGAGAGUCCCUACCCAGAGAGCCAACUGCCAUAGCAGAGAGAAGAGGCACCACGCAGGUUUAAUGAGUGAGAGGGGAGGGUUGGGCUGGAGGGUGGACGGAGGGCAGGGAUGCUGGCAGGAGCAGCCCAGGGUGGAAAAAGUUUUCAGUGUCCCCCGACCCCCAUAGAACCCAAAAAACCCA